AAUCAUGGAUCAAGUAAUGCAGUUUGUGGAGCCCAGCCGCCAGUUUGUGAAGGACUCCAUACGACUUGUGAAGAGGUGCACAAAGCCUGACAGGAAAGAGUUCCAGAAGAUUGCGAUGGCAACAGCAAUAGGCUUUGCGAUAAUGGGAUUUAUAGGCUUCUUUGUCAAAUUGAUCCAUAUCCCAAUUAACAACAUCAUUGUUGGCGGCUGAACAAUCAUCAGGAGCUUUGGGAUGCUUGCUGCAAAAACUUCACAACUUUGUAACUUGUUUACUAUUAAACAGCUCAGUUUGGGAUUUCAAACA